UGCCGGUGAUGCUGAUGAUUGUGAUGGGGCGAGGUGACGUCGCGAUGUCGCUGUGGUGCUGGUGGUGGUGCUGGUGGUGGUGCUGCGUCUUUUCUUUGCGUGGUGUGAUCAGAUCAGAUGAAGUGACAAGUCUGGCCACCUCACUUGAUCCCGGACGUGCGGGCGGGGCGUCACGUCAGACGCGUUCGGGCGGGUGCGGGUGCGGGAGGAAUCGGCUGAGGUAAUGUAGAGGCAGAAAUAGAGUGUGUAAAUCGUGGAAACGCGAGAGAGAAAGAGAGAGAGAAGCUGGAGUGAAUUGUCCAUAUAGAGUGGAGUAUCUAGAUUCUAGAGUAUUGAGUGCUUUCUCUCAUCCUCGCCCACAGCUCAGAGUCU